CCCGGAGGCGCGUCCCGACGCUCCCCAGCGCAAACUAGUCUGCGAGUGUCCCGAGAAACAAGAAGGAGGAGGAGGAAGAAGAAGAAGAAGAAGAAGAAGCGAGAUGUUCUGAGCAGAAAAGUCCCGAGCAGAAGAAGCGCUCUCCUUCAUGAGAGCGGAGCGGAUGGGAAGAGUUCGGGAAGGCAGGCUGCUCUCCUCCUCAGCUGUGGUACCCUGAAGUCAGACUACAAAGAGGCGAGAGGUCCGCCCCGCAGAAGAUGGAUACUUUCUUUUUAGAGGGGGCCCGCGUCUGGCUGAGACACAAAGAGCAGCUCCUCCCCUCCACCGUCAGCUCCUGUGACGACUUCUCCCUGGUCCUCACCACAGACUAUGGCAAGGUUUUCCACCUACAGAGGGAUGAGCGGAGCAGGGAGACGGUGUACCCGAUGCACCCCAGCAGCAUCAGCGGAGUCGAAGACAUGUCCACACUGGCAGAGCUGCACGAAGCUGCCAUCAUGCACAAUCUGUUUCUCCGCUAUCAGAAAGACAACAUCUACACCAACAUAGGGUCAAUUCUUGCGGCGGUAAAUCCCUAUAAGCAGAUCGUGGGCCUGUAUGACGGCGUUGCGGUCGACCUGUACAGCAGACACCAGAUGGGGGAGCUGCCUCCUCACAUCUUCGCCGUGGCCAACGAGUGUUACCGCUGCCUGUGGAAGAGACACGACAGCCAGUGUGUUCUCAUCAGUGGGGAGAGCGGAGCCGGGAAGACGGAGAGCACCAAGCUGCUGUUGAAGUUUCUGUCCGUGAUGAGUCAGAACUCGGCCGGUACGCCUGCUUCAGAGAGAACCACCAGGGUGGAGCAGGCCCUCGUCCAGAGCAGCCCCAUUAUGGAAGCGUUUGGCAAUGCUAAGACUGUGUACAACAAUAACUCCAGCCGCUUCGGGAAGUUCAUACAGCUCCACUUUUCCCAGAACGGAAACAUCCAAGGAGGCUGCAUCAUUGAUUAUUUGCUGGAAAAGAAUCGAGUGGUCCGGCAGAAUCCCGGAGAAAGAAACUAUCACAUCUUCUAUUCGCUGUUAGCGGGAGCAGACAGGGACCACCGAGACAUGUACCUCUUGUCUGAUGGUCCCGAGGCUUAUCACUACCUGAGCCAGUCAGGCUGUGUGCAGGACAGCAGUCUGGACGACAGGCAGCUCUUUAACAGUGUGAUGGAAGCGUUGAAAGUGAUGGAAUUCAGUGAGGAGGAGAUCAGAGACGUGUUCAAGCUGCUGUCUGCUGUCCUCCAGAUGGGCAAUAUUGAAUUCAUGACUGCUGGUGGAGCUCAGAUCACUUCCAAAGGAGUGGUCAGUAACGUCAGCGAGCUGCUCGGUCUGGACUCCUUCCAGCUGUCAGAGGUCUUGACCCAGCGCUCCAUGAUCCUCAGAGGAGAGGAGAUCUGCUCCCCCCUCACUGUGGAGCAGGCGGUGGACUCGCGGGACUCCGUGGCCAUGGCGCUUUACUCCCAGUGUUUCUCCUGGAUCAUCAUGAGGAUCAACCAGAAGAUCAAAGGGAAAGACAACUUCAAGUCCAUCGGCAUCCUGGACAUCUUUGGCUUUGAAAACUUUGAGGUGAACCGGUUUGAGCAAUUCAACAUCAACUACGCCAACGAGAAACUCCAGGAAUACUUCAACAAGCACAUAUUCUCAUUGGAGCAACUAGAGUACAACAGGGAGGGGAUCCAGUGGGAAGCCAUAGACUGGAUGGAUAAUGCCGAAUGUUUGGAUCUCAUCGAAAAGAAGCUGGGCAUGCUGGCUCUCAUCAAUGAGGAGAGUCGCUUCCCCAAAGGCACGGACUACACCCUUCUGGAGAAGCUGCACAGCCGACACGCCGCGAACCCAUACUAUGUGAAGCCCAGAGUGACUGACCACCAGUUUGGCAUCAAGCACUACGCUGGAGAGGUGCUUUACGACGUUCGCGGGAUCCUUGAGAAGAACAGAGACACCUUCCGAGAUGACAUCUUGUUCAUUCUGAAAGACAGCAGGCUUGACUUCAUCUACGACCUCUUCGAGCGCGUUGGCAGCAGAAACGGAGACGAGACCUUAAAGAUGGGAACGGCCCGACGCAAGCCCACUGUCAGCUCUCAGUUUCGGGACUCUCUCCAUUCCCUGAUGGCCACACUAAGUGUCUCCAACCCCUUUUUUGUUCGCUGCAUCAAACCAAACAUGGACAAGAAGGCCAACCAGUUUGAUCCUGAUGUUGUCCUGAACCAGCUGAGAUACUCCGGGAUGCUGGAAACCGUGAAGAUCCGCCGAGCAGGAUUUCCUGUCCGCCGAACCUUUAAGGACUUCUACAGCAGAUACAAGAUGAUCCUGAAAAACCAAACCCACUCGGGGGAUGAGAGGCAGAGUUGCUCAGACCUUCUCAGUCUUCAGGACAAAACCAAGAGAGAGUGGCAGCUGGGAAAAACAAAGGUGUUCCUGAAGGAGGCCCUGGAGCAAAGGCUGGAGAAGGACAGGGAGGAGGCGCGGCGCAGGGCUGGCAUGGUGAUCCGCGCCCACAUCCUCAGCUAUGUGGCAAGGAAACAUUAUAAGAGAGUUUUGUCCAGCGUGGUCACCAUCCAGAAGAACUACAGGGCUCACUUUUGGAGACGUGCGUUCCUGCGUCUGCGCUUGGCCGCCAUCGUCCUGCAGAAGCACCACAGAGGCCGGGCGGCCAGAGCCCUCUACUCGCAACUCCAGGAGGAGAAGCGGAGGCAGGAGGACGAGGAGAGGAGGAGGAGGGAAGAGGAAGAGGAGAGGAGGCGAGUAGAAGAGGAGGAAAAGAGAAGAAUGGAGGAGAUGAGGAAGGAGGAGGAGGAGAGAAGGCGGAAGGAGGAGGAGGAAAAGCAGAGGCUGAGGGACGAGGAGCAGAGGCUGAGGAAGGAGAGAGAAGAGGAACAAAAAUUAAUGGCGAAUGGAGACAAGACAAGGAACUCACUCGUGAAUGGUGCUUGUCAAAAGAAGGAGCUCGCUCACACUCUGUCCCACAGCCAGACGUCCGAGGAGGAGAGCCGUCAAAUGGAGGAGAUCCUGCGCCUGGAGAGGGAGAUCGAGCGUCUGCAGAAGCAGCAGGAAGACGGCGUGUCGCUCCUCGGCGACGUCUCCCGCGAGGAGCUUCGCCAGAUACGGGAUGCCGAGAUCUACAGGCUGGAGAAGGAGGCUUCUCGCGUGGCGACAGAGUUCCUGGAGCUGCUGGACUUCGGCGGUCUCGAGCCAUCCCUGUCGAGCGAGGAGAACCUUCACGACCCGGCUGAAUCCACCGCUCCUCUGGCCGAGGAGGAGGUGGACGAGGGGUUCCCCGCUGAGGACGAGUGCAUUCCUUUACCCGACUUUCCUCCUCCGGCUGCAGUUCCUCUCGACAAGGAAGUAUUCCAAAGCAUUCCCCCUCCUCCGCCUGCCUUUGCUGAGGGAGUAGUGAUCUCUCCGCCUGCUACGUCUUCUCCUGCGCUCGCAAACGUCACCUCUCUUACCCCCAACGGACUGGAUCGUGCCUCUCUGCUGACGGACUCCAAACCCGCCCACCCUCCUCAUCCUCCUCUGAUCACUAAUGGAGAAAGGAGGCCGUGCCAGAGCGCCGGCGGGGGAUCGAACUUUGAGCACGCGAACGAGGAGCCGCCACAGGCCAACCUGCCAGACACAGAGUCCGACUACGACCAGGAGGAGUUUGAGGAGGUUCACGGGAGCUCGGGCGCAAGCACCAACGACGGCCACAUCACCGACGAGGAAGUGCUGCGGAAGUCCUCAUGCACCCAAAACAGCCUGGACUCCUUCAGAGGCAGCUCCGACUCGUUCAUUGACAGUGAUGAAGACAACGAUGGUUAUGUAGACACAGAUGAGGAAGUUUCCAAUGGGAGGGUGAACCUGCUGAACGGUAGCGGGCCUCCAUACUUUCACGGCUAUCUCUACAUGAAGAGCGGUCUCAUGAUCCCUUGGCGUCGUCGGUGGUGUGUCCUCAAAGACGAGACCUUCAUGUGGUUCCGGGCGAAGCAGGACUCCCUCAAAUCCGGCUGGCUGUAUAAGAAAGGGGGAGGAAUGUCCACUCUGUCUCGGCGUAACUGGAAGAUGCGCUGGUUCGUGCUGCGGGAGUCAAAACUAAUGUACUUCGAGAACGACAGCGAAGAGAAGCUUAAAGGAACCAUCGAUAUUCGCUCAGCCAAGGAAAUUGUGGACAAUCAUGAGAAGGAAAAUGCACUGAAUAUUGUAACUGAGGAGCGGACGUACCACAUCUAUGCAGAGUCUCCUGAGGAUGCCAGCGGUUGGUUCAAUGUGCUGAGUCGAGUCCACAGCGCCAGCCAGGAGCAGCUCAUGGAGAUGCACCAUGAACAGGCCAACCCAAAGAAUGCAGUGGGCACUCUGGAUGUGGGCUUGAUUGAUUCUGUUUGUGCGUCAGACAACCCAGACAGACCAAACUCGUUUGUGAUCAUCACGGCUAACCGGGUGAUCCACUGCAACACCGACACGCCCGAGGAGAUGCACCACUGGAUCGGCCUGCUGCAAAAAUCCAAGGGAGACUCGAGAGCCGAUGGUCAGGAGUUCUUAGUCAGAGGCUGGCUUCACAAAGAGAUGAAGUCAGGAGCUAAAAGCACUUCUCUAAAGCUGAAGAAGCGCUGGUUCGUCCUCACUAGUAAUUCCCUGGAUUAUUACAAGUCGUCGGAGCGCAGCGCCUCUAAACUGGGAACACUGGUGCUCAACAGCCUCUGCUCUGUGGUGCAGCCCGAUGAGAAAGUCUUCAAGGAAACUGGUUACUGGAAUAUAAUCGUGCAUGGUCGUAAACACUCCUACAGGCUUUACACCAAAAUGCUGAACGAAGCAAUGCGGUGGGCAAAUGCUAUACAGGGCGCAAUCGACAGCAAGGUUCCCAUUGAAACCCCAACGCAGCAACUCAUCAGGGACAUCAAGGAGAGCAGUCUGAAUGUGGAGGCCGUGGAGCAGACUUACUGGAGAAAUCCUAUCUUGAGAUAUACCCAGCAUCCUUUGCACUCCCCUCUUCUACCUCUGCCUUAUGGAGACGUCAGCAUUCACUUGCAAAAGGAAAAGGGUUACACCAGCCUGCAGGACGAGGCCGUGAAGAUCUUCAACUCUCUGCAGGAGAUGGAGGCCGUGUCCGACCCUGUGCCGAUCAUCCAGGGAAUCCUGCAGACCUGCCAAGACCUGAGGCCGUUACGGGACGAGGUUUACUGUCAGCUCAUCAAACAAACCAAUCACGUCCCGCACCCCAACAGUCCUGCCAAUCGAGCUCACUGGCACCUCCUGACCUGCAUGAGCUGCACCUUCCUGCCCAGCAGGGGCAUCCUUCGCUACCUCAAGUUCCACCUGAAAAGGAUUAAGGAGCUGUUUCCAGGCACGGAAAUCGACAUGUUCGCCCAUUUCAUUGGCGAGUCUCUGAAGAAGACCAAGACCAGGGAGUUUGUUCCGUCUCAGGAGGAAAUCAUGGCACUGCUGACCAGACAGGAAAUGACCACCACCGUCUACUGCCAUGGAGGAGGCUCCUGCAAGAUCUCCAUCAACUCUCACACCACCGCUGGCGAGGUGGUGGAGAAGUUAAUCCGAGGUUUGGCCAUGGAGGACAGCAGGAACAUGUUUGCGCUCUUUGAGCACAACAACAGUAUCGACAGAGCUGUGGAAAGCAGAGUCCUGCUGGCCGAUGUUUUGGCUAAAUUUGAAAGGCUGGCUGGCAGUGAGGAUGCUGAGGAUGAAGGCCAAUGGAAGCUGUAUUUCAAACUCUACUGCUUCCUGGAUGUGGAGAGCAUGCCAAAGGAAGGAGUGGAGUUUGCGUUCAUGUUCGAGCAGGCGCAUGAGAGUUUGACCCGAGGCCACUUCCCCGCCCGCGAAGAGACCCUGCAGCACCUCGCUGCCCUCCGCCUGCAGUUCCUCUUUGGAGACAAGGCGCGGGUGGCGUGGAGCCUGGAAAGCGUCUACCCGGUGGGCCGCCUGCGAAAUCGCAUCCUGCAGUUCACCAAGGUCGGGGGCGCCUCCGGGUCGGGACAGACUCUGGAGCGCCGCAGGACGAGCUUCCUGGACGGGACGCUGCGCCGGGGGCUGAAAACCGGCUCCAUGAAGAAGCAGCGCAUGGAGGAGGAGCAGAUGCUGGAGAUGUGGAUCAAGGAGGAGAUGUCUUCCACCAGAGCCAGCAUCGUGGAGAAGUGGUCCCGCCUCAAGGGUCUGGACCAGCACCAAGCCAUGCUGAAGUACAUGACCAUUAUCAAAGAGUGGCCGGGGUACGGGUCCACGCUGUUUGAUGUUGAGUGCAAAGAAGGAGGCUUUCCGUACGACCUCUGGCUGAGUGUGAGCGCCGAGAACGUAUCGGUCUACAAGCGAGGAGAGCCGAAGCCACUGGAGACCUUCCCCUACGAGCACAUCAUCUUCUUCGGUGCUCCACAGCCCUGUACCUACAAGAUCACUGUGGAUGAGAGAGAAAUGUUCUUUGACACACCGCAGGUUGGAGAGAUCACAAAGAUCAUGAAAGCUUACAUCAACAUGAUUGUGAAGAAGCGCUGCAGUGUGAAGUCUGUGUCCAGCUACGGAACCAACUGGAUCAGGUGAUCUCCAGGACACGACGGGACCUGAACUCUCUUAUCAUUCAUCUGACUCGAUACCAGACUGGAGAGAAGAGGAGACUCGAACUAGACUGGAUCUCACCUCAGAGGUUUUCACUUCAGUUGUGUAGCAACACAUUCACUCUCCAUCCAGACAGACUCACAAAAAAAUGACCAUCUGUUACUGCUUCUGGUAAAUGUGAGCUUUUAAACAUCUGCAUCUUUACAGCUGUUCCAAGUGUUGCUUUCUCUUGUUACCUGCUCUCAUUUUUUACACUGGUCAUUUGUCAUCUGUUACUUGAAAAGCAAUUACAGCAUUUCUGCGUGGAUGUUAUCGUCAUUUCCAGAGAAAGCCAAAGAGUUUGCAUACUCUUUUACCACAUUUUACAGAUUGGGAAAAAAAAAGACAUUUAAAUUGGGAAAUGAAUAUUUUCAUCCAAACAUACACACACUGUGUUGGCACCGUUCAUCAACACUGAUUAUUACAGCCAAUUGUUAUGAUUGUUCCACCGAAAAGAAACUCUCUCAGGUUAUUGCAUAAAAUAACUGUCUCCCAUCCAGAGAGGUUAGAUCCCUUUGCCUUACUCAGAUAUUGUAGCCACUGUAUUUCAGAGUAGUCGAUUCAGUGUAAAUGCAGCCUUGUGGGGCAGAAUAUGUAAAAAAAAUAAAUAAAAAGAUGCCUAUUUCUGCCACAAAAUUACACCUCAGCUGUUGCUAAAGACAAAAAAAACCCACACACACAAAAAAGACACUUGAUGUGCAAACGACUCCGAGAGACACAAAUAAAAGGAAUAAACUGAUUUAUUCCUGCUUCCAUCCAAAAAAAAACCUCCUCCUUCGCUGAUGAUGAGUGUUUCUCUUUGAACACUGAUUUUGUGGGAUUUGUUUUUAAAAAGUAUGCAUGAUGAUGCCUUCUGCAGUACGUCUGCGACUGAAGAUUGUUUGCUUGUUUUGGUGGGGUAUUUAUUUCCUGGAGGCGUCACCUGGUCAUGCAUCGUGUCUCUGGGUUUUUAUCCCAGCUGAAGUGCGACACCCUCAGCUCCCGUGCGUGCUCUCCUUGGCCCUUUGUAAAUGAACACAAGGAAAUCUGUUCAGCGCCAACCGGCCUCCAGAAUAGUCCGUGAUGAGCUUGGCAUUUACCUCACACUGCGUCACUGUCUUCCGUCGCUCUCCGAUCGUUCUCACCUCGGUGCUCUGGUCAGCUGCCGGCGGCCGAACCAGAGACUGAUCUUGCCAUUGACGAUGACUGUGUUUCUGAGAUUUCUGAUUGUUUUGAAGAAGAAAAAAAAUCAGAAAGUGUUUUAUAUCAGAAUUUAAAGAUGCUUUAAUAAAUUAUUGUAUUUCAAGA